AUGACGUCUAAUGCUAAGAAGAGGUGUAGUACUUUCCCCAGUAGUAUCGACAUUGGCGACAUCAGCAACUCAGGGGCCAACAGAAUUCCCAACGAGCCAGCACAUACUGAGAAGAGGUGUAUCACCUUUCUUUCUAGCAGAGAUCUCGAACAUGACCGCCUUCUAGAAGGCAACAACAUACCUGAGCUACAGCACAAAUCCUCCUCUAGCCUCAUUACCGAGCUUCCACUGGAGCCAAAUGCGCAUACCUGUGCUGCUGGGUCCCAGAAGCGUCCAGGAUGGAAGCCUCCUCACUUACCCAUCUCGGCGAAGCGCACUUCUACCGAAAGGAUAGACAGUGCAAAGCGAUUUGCCUCCCGCUUCCCCGAGAGCGGGUCUCCGUGGGCAAGAUAUAGGCAGUUUACAAAAAACCGAGAGCCGGGGAAGGUGGUUCUUGCCUACGAUAUCAACGCACCUAAACUAGUUGUCGCCAUAAAAGAGUGUAAGCUCCCAGAUACGGAACAAGCACACCUUCUCUUCAGAACGUCGCAUCCAAAUAUCGUCAACCUCCAGGACGCGUUUCUUGCUGGGCGCGACAUGUAUCUGGCGUAUGAGCGCAUGGACCUCCCUCUGGAGCAACUACACUCUGAUAUCAAGUUAGAGGAGCGACACAUAGCUACUAUCUGCAGAGAGUAUUCAAGCACAACGUCGAUCGAAGUCGACUAUGGUUCAAAUGAAGCUGCUGCUACAGCCGCUUAUUGCCAGCUGUAUCUUUUAGCUAUGCGUGAUGGGGUCACCCCUCGCAGGGGCCGGCUGGGAAAGCGGAAGCGGCAUCUAGGCGCAAUCAAUAAUCCAUGGCAUCGCAUACUGGGUCAGGUUGCCAGUAGCCUAGGCUUCGAUACUGAACAGAUCGACGUUAGUGUUACUGGGUUGGCUAAUGCUUCUUACUCUCUCGCAGAACUCGCGCAUGCGGCUCUCCUAGCCCUCUGCGAGGAUAAUCCAAACGCGAAAAGCUUUAGUAACGGCGAAAAGUUUCGAAAUCUCCGUCUUAAUGAGAAGCUCGGCAACCAGGAAGCGGCGAACGCAUGGCGCUCACGGCUAACCGCGAACGAGCAGCAGACUUUCAAUAGAAUCUUUGUCAAACUGAAGCCCCAUGGAGAUGCGAUGGAUGAGCUUCUCCCUGUGGUUGGACUUUGGCCUAAUCUACCGGUUGGCUCACUCCACUAG